AUGGUAUUCUCUAUCUUUCUACUCUUCGUCAGCCUCUACGUAAGGGCAUCAUUAGGCGGUACGCUUACUGUCGUUGAUUAUAACGGUCAAUGCGUCAUGUGGUCCGAGGAUAAUCAUGGUUGCACAGGAUCCUCGGCAGCUUUUGGUCUACGCGACGGGGAUGACUGUUCCGAUCUAAGCAAGGUUAUAAAAGGUGUCCGCAAGGACUUUACAGUGCUUAAUGUGGACACAUGCGGCACAGAGGAUAGUCACCCAGUCGCAUGGAUACAAGUGAACAAUGAUGGCCUUGUCACAUUUUUCAAUCAAGGUGGCAAAAAGGCAGCAUGUAAACUGGAUCGAGGAUUGAAAGUUGGAAGUUGGUGCAAUGCUUCCGACUUGCUAUCCAUAAGUUCCUCGUCCGUAUCAUCCACGUCCACCUCAUCUGAUUCUUCCUCGUCCGUAUCAUCCACCUCGACCUCAUCUGAUUCUUCCUCGUCCGUAUCAUCCACCUCGACCUCAUUUGAUUCUUCCUCGUCUGUAUCAUCUGCCUCGACUUCAUCUGAUUCUUCCUCGUCAACAGCAAGCACUUCUACCCAGUCGAAGCCUUCAACUGUGUCCACCGUAUUGACAGGGUCAUGCACUACUGUCUAA